AUGAGUGUGAGGAGAAAAACGGAGGCUGUGAGGCUGUGUGCUCUAACACCAUCGGGAGCUUCUACUGCAGGUGUCCUCCAGGAGAACGACUCGACGAGGACGGCAAGAGCUGCCAAGCCUCACUGUUAUUACGGACGCCACAUCCACCACAGGGGACAGCCUCAAACAGAUAUAGAUGAGUGUCUUGUUCAUAACGGCGGCUGUCAGCACAGAUGUGUGAACACCAGAGGCUCGUACCACUGUGUCUGCAACACAGGCUUCAGGAUCCAUGUGGACGCACACACCUGUCUCUCGGUCCCCUCUUGUGCCCUCGGUAACGGCGGCUGUGAUCACUACUGCGUCCAACAGUCGGCUCUACAUUUCCGGUGUCGCUGCAAACCUCACUACAAUCUGGCAGAAGACAGAAAGCACUGUAAACUGUUGGACCCCUGUGAAAUUGAAAAUGGCGGCUGCAGUCAGGAGUGUCGCGUGGAUGGAGGGAAGGCCUUCUGUGACUGCAGAGCGGGGUUCCAGCUGAUGGAGGACGGGCAGACAUGUGCAGACGUGGAUGAGUGUGCGACGGUGACCUCGGGCUGUGCUCAUGGAUGCCACAACACGCAGGGGUCCUUUGUGUGCGUCUGCAGCUCAGGGUUUGAGCUUGGAGCCGACGGGAAGCAGUGUUACAGGAUAGAGAUGGAGAUUGUAAACAGUUGUGAACACAACAAUGGUGGCUGUUCCCAUCACUGCUAUCACUCUCCAGGAGGUCCCACCUGCUCCUGUACACAUGGAUACCGCCUCGACCAGGACCUCAGGACCUGUCUGGAUGUGGAUGAGUGCUCUGAGCAGUCCUCAUGCUGUCAGCUCGGCUGCACUAACUCUCCAGGAGGAUACGAGUGUUUCUGUUCUGUGGGAUACAGGUUGAGGAGAGACGGCUGCAGCUGUGAUGCUCUGGAGGACAGCCUGGAGGCCCUGUCCGGAGCCGGAGCCAUAGAGCUGCCCCUACCUCAGCUCACUCUGCUCCACGACUACAACCAGCCCCUGGAGCGUUACUAUGACUACGAAGACGACGAGGGAGAUUUGCGAGCAGAGAGCAACCUCGAGGAGAAGUUUGUUUGUCUGGACGACACGUUUGGUCUCGACUGCAGCUUGACCUGUGACGACUGCUCGAACGGAGGCAGUUGUAACGAUCAAAGAGACGGCUGCGAGUGUCCGGACGGCUGGACGGGGAUCUUGUGUGAUCGCUCCUGCUCUGAGGGACACUUCGGGCCCAACUGCUCCUCUGUUUGUAAAUGUAAGAAUGGAGCAAGCUGUGACCCUGUGACCGGAACUUGCAAGUGUCCAGCAGGGGUCAGCGGAGAGUUCUGCCAAGACGGUUGUCCAAAGGGUUUUUAUGGAAAACACUGCAAAAAGAAAUGUCACUGUGCAAACAAUGGCCGCUGUCACCGCACGUAUGGAGGGUGUUUGUGCGCCGCAGGGCUGUACGGACGCUUCUGCCAUUUGUCAUGUCCCAAAUGGACGUUUGGAGCCGGCUGCUCUCAGGAGUGUGUGUGUGUGCAGAAGAACAGCCUGGAGUGUCACCGGGAACACGGAACCUGCGUCUGCAAACCGGGAUACCAGGGACCCUCCUGCUCUGACGAAUGUCCCCCUGGGUUUUACGGUGCAUCCUGUGGUAGAAAAUGCAGCUGUGAUCAUGUGACCGGAGCGUCCUGUGAUCAUGUGACCGGAGCAUGUCAACAGAGGUGCCCCCCUGGUCGCCACGGAGACGACUGCAGCCAAGAGUGUCCUGGAGGGUUCUUUGGAGCUGGUUGUGUGGAGAAGUGUAACUGCACCGGAGCUCCAUGUAACGCUACGACUGGAGUCUGUGAGGGAGCUUGUCCCAGCGCUCGCUUUGGUGACGGUUGCCAGAUGAAGUGUGUGUGUGAGAACGACGCUAGCUGUGAUCCGGUGAGCGGCCUCUGCUCCUGCGCUCCAGGCUGGACCGGACACGACUGCAGCAAAGUGUGUGACAUUGGCCACUGGGGGGCAGGCUGCGCUCAGAGAUGUGAGUGUCAGAAUGGAAAGGGCAGCUGUGACGCUGUGUCCGGUCAGUGCAUCUGUGAGGCCGGGUUCACCGGACAACAGUGUGACCAGAAGUGUCCAGUCGGGAUGUUUGGUCUAGGAUGUCAUCAUCGCUGUCAGUGUGAGAAUCACGCUGCGUGUGAUCAUGUGGACGGAGCCUGCACCUGUCGCAGCGGAUGGACCGGAACCUUCUGCGAGAAACCGUGUCUCCCUGGGACAUAUGGUCAGAACUGCAACCAGCUGUGUCAGUGCUCACUGAAAAAUCAGCAGUGCCACCCAGUGUCCGGACUGUGUCACUGCGCCCCAGGGUUCCAGGGCCCUAGAUGUGACCAGGUUUGUGCAGAGGGCUCGUUCGGACCUGACUGUGAGCGCAGAUGUCAGUGUGAGAAUGGAGGAAGUUGUGCGCCCUCUACAGGACAGUGCCGCUGUACUGCAGGCUUCAUGGGGGCACACUGCAACGUCACAUGUCCUUCCGGUCGGUAUGGUCUGGACUGUGCCUUGGAGUCACAGUGUUUGGCUGGAGCCCAAAACGAUCCGGUGACAGGAAGCUGUCUCUGUCCCCCUGGGAAGACCGGCCUAGACUGUGCUCAAGGGUGUCUUCCAGGUCGCUACGGGGCAGACUGCUCUGGGGUCUGUCUCUGCAGGAAUGGGGCUCUGUGUGACGCUGUGAGUGGAGACUGCAGUUGUGGCCUGGGCUGGACCGGGACCCUCUGCCAAACAGAGUGCACAGUGGGCCGCUUUGGAGCCGGCUGUGAGCUGGAGUGUGGCUGUCAGAACAACGGCUCGUGCCACAGAGCGACCGGAGCGUGUGAAUGUGGACCAGGGUUCUACGGACAUGUGUGCGAGCGCACUUGUCCCCCUGGUUUCCACGGCGACCAGUGUAAACAUCAGUGUAACUGUAACGGAGCAUCAUGUGACCCGGUCUCAGGGAGGUGUCUGUGUCCACCCGGUUACCAUGGAGAGCGCUGUCACAAAGCGGGGAAUGUCUUUGUGCCUCAGGACGGACAGGCCCCAGGUGUGAAUCUGAGUGCAUACCGGACCGUUUUGGCCCAGGCUGCUCAGAGCUGUGUGAGUGUAAGAACGGAGCACAGUGCGACCGGAGGAAUGGCCGCUGCAGCUGCCUCCACGGGUGGAUCGGAGCGCCCUGUAGAGAUGAUGCUCAUCCGCAGCAGGACAACACACCAGGGUCACAGCAACACAACACACCAGGGUCACGGCAGGACAACUCACUAUAGCAGCAGCACAUCAAACCAGAACCUCCGACCCGACUGCCGAGUUCAAGACGGCGCAGACAGAACAGACUAA